UGGGAGGGAUGGGAGGUAUGAUGGCAAACAGAGGAGUAAACCCAGGGAUGAUGGCUGGAGGCCUGAACCCACCCAUGGUUGCUGGUGGUGGGGCUGGUUUCAUCGGGCAGCCGCAGUUUGCUCAGUUUGUUCCUGGAGUUUCUGCUUAUGCUGCACCGGCCCCCAUUCCCCAAGUGUACGCUGUCCCUGCAGUCGGUGGGUUUCCUUAUAUGGGAGCUCCUCAGGUGGCACAAAUGGCUCCUCAGCAGCCUCUGAUGGGGAUAACGGGUGGCGCAAUGCAACAGCAGCCUCCUCUUCAGCCUGAUCCACUCAGAAGAUUCAGGCGUCAGAUUAUGAAACAGAACAACCCCUUGAAGACCACUGUGGAUACUCAGAUUCCAGCUCCUACUGGCACAACAACCACAACCCCUCCCUGUGACGAUCAUCAUGACGAUUAUUAAGAUGAUAAUCUCAACAAAUGAAUCAAUCUAAUAUGCAAUAAUGAUCACUGUGAUAAUAAAACUUGAAUGAUGUGAUUUUGUCUCGCUAAUCACCGAUGACUGUGGAAGCUGUGUGUGUGUUAUGUGUUCUUUUAAAACCAACUUCAGACUGAAUCAUAGUGAUGUACUGUUC